AUGGCGAAUUUGGGUCAUGAAAUCGAUGCAGACGGACAGCCUCAUUACGAGGCUGGAGCUCCGCAUGAUGAGAUUCAAGAGAUACCAGUAAAUGAGCAAAAAAGAACCAUAUCCAUCACCUACGAUGCUGAUCAAAAGACAAACGAAUCUACCCACGCCGCUGACAAUAUGUCACUGCUCCACGAGUGCGUCUUCAUCGCAACGAUAUGCACGGCUCAGUUCACGACCCAAGUGGGCUUAACGCAAACACUGGGUAUUCUACACCAGAUCGGCGACAGCUUCGGGGUCACAAACCCCGGCGUACUUUCUUGGUUUAUCGCCGGCUACAGCUUGACGGCGGGAACGUUUAUCCUGGUCGCCGGUCGGAUCGGCGAUCUCUUUGGCUACAAACGUAUUUUCGUACUCGGUAUGCUGUGGUUCGCUAUCUGGAGUAUGGUCGCGGGACUCAGUGUCUACUCGAAUCAGUACCUGUUUAUCUUCGCCAGAGUCCUUCAGGGACUCGGCCCGGCUGCUUUGCUCCCCAAUGGACUUGCGCUGUUAGGAGUCUCAUAUCCACCCGGACCAAGGAAGAACAUGGCAUUCGCGUUAUUUGGCGCCUGUGCACCCGGUGGUGGUGUCUUUGGAUUUGUCUUCUCUGGCUUGUUUGAGUUAGCUUGGUGGCCGUGGACAUUCUGGAGUUUUGCUAUCGCCCUCGUCCUGCUGGCCGCUUUCAGCACCCUGAUCAUCCCAUCACCAAGCCAUUCGCCUAAUCAAGACAAGGGACUAAAAGAAAAGCUUCAAAUGCUCGAUAUUCCUGGGGCCGUUACUGGUGUCGCAGCCCUGGUUUUGUUCAACUUUGCAUGGAACCAAGGUCCCGCAUACGGUUGGCAACAAGCUUACAUCUACGUCUGCCUGAUCCUCGGUGUUCUUUUCGCGAUCUGCUUCUUCUUCAUCGAGUCUCGCUGGGCCGCGAUGCCGCUUGUGCCGUUCAAGGUAUUCACGGGUGACAUCAUCUUCGUGGUUGGCUGCAUUUCCUGCGGCUGGGGCUGCUUUGGCAUCUGGGUGUAUUAUCUGACGCAGUUCAUCGAGGUGUUGAGGGGCGCAUCACCGCUGCUUCUCGCUGCGUACAUCUGCCCCGUGGCCGUAUCAGGUGCGUUCGCAUCCGUGGCUACUGGAUUCCUGCUGCAUCACGUUCGCGCGGCAUGGGUCUUAACUUUUUCGCUGAUAUGUUUCAUGGUGGGUACUAUCCUGGUGGCGACAGCCCCGGUGCAUCGAACGUACUGGGCUCAGUUGUUUGUAUGCAUGCUGGUCAUCCCAUUUGGCAUGGAUACGUCGUUCCCUGCGGCGACAGUUAUCUUUUCGAAUGCCGUCAAAAAGGAGCAUCAAGGGAUGGGUGCGGCCUUGAUUGCUACGGUCGUGAACUACAGUAUCUCGCUUGGAUUGGGAUUCGCGGGCACAAUCGAGGUGCACGUCAACAAAGGUGGAAAAACGCCCGCUGAUGUCUUGCUUGGGUAUCGCGGUGCUUGGUAUUUUGCCAUUGGAUUGACUGGGUUGGGUAUUUUAUUGAGUCUGACUUUCGUUGCGAAAGGCUAUUGGCAGGAUCACAAGGAGAAAAAGAGCUCAAGGGUAAAGGAUUGA